AUGGCCCCCAUGUAUGUGAACUGCUUCAUGUACAGAUUUGAGAUGGAACAUAUUUUGGAACCAUUUAAAGCUAAGAUACUGAUGUAUGCGAGAUUCAUCGAUGAUCUGUUUUUCAUCAUAAACAGAGACCUUUGCACUGCUUCUGAUAUGGUAGCUUCAAUUAAUAUGGCAAGUCCUAACAUUGAGCUGACAAUGACUGCCAGCCCAACAACUGUUGAUUUUCUGGAUGUGAGGGUGAGCAUUGAAGACAAUAAAAUUAUGUAUACUCUCUUCACCAAACCCACCGACCGAAACACACUCCUACAUGCUACGAGCUUUCACCCAAACCCAUUAAAAACAUCUUUGCCUUACUCGCAAUUUUUAAGGGUGUACAGGAACAACGCGGAACCUGAGAGAGCUCAAGAACAAAUUAACACCAUGUGGGAUAAAUUUCUGGAAUGUGGGUACAAGAAAUCUACACUAAAUAGUGCCUUACAUAGAUGCCACCAUACAAAAACCAUACCUGAUAUUAAGAACCAAUGA